GGGGCCGUGCGGAAGGGAGCCGGGGCGAGGCGGCCGCGUCGGGCUCAGGCUGGCGCGCAGGCGGCGGGAUGCGUGUGGCCCCCUCCCCCGCGCCCCCCGAGCUUGUCACUUUGGUCGCUUUCGUGACACCGGGCGCGGGGUGGGGGAGCGCGGCGGCGCCGGGCUCCGCCGGGAACCCUUAGGAGAAAUCUUGAGAGUGGACAGCAAUUGUGAAGAUCGCCAGAGAGUUCUGUGUUUCACCACCGCCGAAAGGUUAAAAAAUAAAUCAUGACUGAAUCUGCCUCUAGCACAAGUGGUCAAGAGUUUGAUGUAUUCAGUGUUAUGGACUGGAAAGAUGGAGUGGGCACGUUACCAGGAAGUGACUUAAAGUUUCGGGUAAAUGAGUUUGGAGCCUUGGAAGUUAUUACAGAUGAGAAUGAGAUGGAAAAUGUUAAAAAAGCAACUGCUACAACCACUUGGAUGGUACCAACUGCUCAAGAAGCCCCGACCUCUCCCCCGAGCUCCAGGCCCGUAUUUCCACCUGCCUACUGGACAUCUCCACCUGGAUGUCCCACAGUCUUUUCAGAGAAGACUGGGGUACCUUUCAGGUUGAAGGAUCCAGUGAAAGUAGAAGGGCUUCAGUUCUGUGAGAACUGUUGUCAGUAUGGCAACGUAGAUGAGUGUCUUUCUGGAGGAAACUAUUGCAGCCAGAAUUGUGUUCGGCACAUCAAAGAUAAAGAUCAGAAGGAAGAAAGGGACAUAGAAGAAGACAACGAGGAAGAAGAUCCUAAGUGUAGUCGGAAGAAAAAACCAAAAUUAUCUCUGAAAGUGGACCCCAAGGAGGAUGGAGAAGAGAGAGAUGAUGAAAUGGAGAACAAACAAGAUGUAAGAAUCUUGAGGGGUUCGCAGAGAGCGCGGAGGAAAAGACGAGGGGAUUCGGCUGUAUUAAAGCAGGGUUUGCCUCCUAAAGGAAAGAAAGCAUGGUGCUGGGCAUCCUACCUGGAAGAGGAGAAAGCUGUGGCAGUGCCAGCGAAGCUGUUCAAGGAGCACCAGUCCUUUCCAUAUAACAAAAACGGAUUCAAAGUUGGCAUGAAGUUAGAAGGCGUGGAUCCUGAGCAUCAGUCUGUGUACUGUGUCCUCACCGUGGCAGAGGUUUGUGGAUACCGGAUAAAGCUUCACUUUGAUGGGUAUUCCGAUUGCUAUGACUUCUGGGUGAAUGCAGACGCUCUGGAUAUCCACCCAGUUGGGUGGUGUGAGAAAACUGGCCACAAACUCCAUCCUCCAAAAGGGUAUAAAGAAGAAGAAUUCAAUUGGCAGACCUAUCUUAAGACAUGUAAAGCUCAAGCUGCUCCUAAGUCAUUAUUUGAAAAUCAGAAUAUAACAGUGAUCCCAUCGGGCUUUCGAGUUGGUAUGAAGCUUGAGGCAGUAGACAAAAAGAAUCCCUCAUUCAUCUGUGUUGCUACGGUAACAGAUAUGGUGGACAAUCGUUUCCUGGUACAUUUUGACAACUGGGAUGAGAGCUAUGACUAUUGGUGUGAAGCAUCCAGUCCACACAUUCAUCCAGUUGGUUGGUGUAAAGAACAUAGAAGAACCCUUAUUACUCCACCAGGUUAUCCAAAUGUGAAACAUUUUUCUUGGGAUAAAUACUUAGAAGAAACCAAUUCUUUACCUGCUCCUGCAAGAGCUUUCAAAGUGAAACCUCCUCAUGGAUUCCAGAAAAAAAUGAAGCUUGAGGUCGUAGACAAAAGGAACCCCAUGUUUAUUAGAGUAGCAACUGUGGCAGACACAGAUGAUCACCGAGUAAAAGUUCACUUUGAUGGCUGGAACAAUUGCUAUGAUUACUGGAUAGAUGCGGAUUCUCCUGAUAUUCACCCUGUGGGCUGGUGUUCAAAAACAGGACAUCCCCUUCAGCCUCCUUUGAGCCCCCUAGAAUUAAUGGAAGCUUCAGAACACGGUGGAUGCUCAACUCCAGGAUGUAAAGGGAUUGGCCAUUUUAAGAGAGCAAGACAUCUGGGCCCUCACAGUGCUGCCAACUGUCCCUAUUCAGAAAUCAAUUUGAAUAAAGACCGUAUUUUUCCAGACCGCUUAAGUGGUGAGAUGCCUCCGGCUAGUCCAUCAUUUCCAAGAAAUAAAAGGACAGACGCAAAUGAAAGCUCUUCAUCCCCUGAAAUCAGAGACCAGCAAGCUGAUGAUGUCAAAGAAGACUUUGAAGAGAGAACAGAAAGUGAAAUGAGAACAUCACAUGAAGCCAGAGGUGCCCGGGAAGAACCCACCGUCCAGCAGGCACAGCGUCGGUCAGCUGUCUUUCUGUCCUUUAAGUCCCCAAUUCCAUGUCUGCCCUUGCGCUGGGAGCAGCAAAGCAAACUUCUUCCAACUGUCGCUGGAAUCCCUGCCAGUAAAGUUUCCAAAUGGAGCACAGACGAGGUGUCAGAAUUUAUACAGAGCUUACCUGGGUGUGAAGAACAUGGAAAGGUAUUUAAAGAUGAACAAAUUGAUGGAGAAGCAUUUCUCCUUAUGACUCAAACAGACAUUGUUAAAAUUAUGAGCAUUAAACUGGGCCCUGCUCUCAAAAUUUUCAAUUCCAUCCUGAUGUUCAAAGCUGCAGAGAAGAAUUCUCACAAUGAACUUUGAAGAUGGUGAAUUCUGAAUACCAUCAGCAUUCUGCUUUAAAGCUCAUGUUUUAUUCAAAGCACAAGGACGGUUAUAACUCCUAAGUGAGAAGUCUCCAAAACUCAAAAGAGCAACACUAUCGGAUUAUUUAUAUUCCUCAAGAGACAAUAUAUAUGAAUUCUUACGAAAGUGCUUGAGCUUUUAACCAGGUACUGUCUAACAACAGUCAUCUUUUGGUUCUGUUCACUGAGCUAAAUUUAUCUUUGUAAAUCUUUUUGAGUCUGGGGGGGGCGGGGGGAAAGGGGGACUUCAUUAAUUAUUUAUGGUAAUGGGGGGGCAGAGUAAGAACUUUUGGCAUUUUGUAAACAUUGUUGAAUUCUCUUUCAUGUACACUGUUUCUUUUUCAAUACUUUCAGAAACCUUUUUAUAUAAUCAAAUUUCAAUUUAAACCAAAUUAGUCAAAACCUGGCUAAGUUUAGCCAGUAGGACUGUUAUCUGUAUGGUUAAUUUUGUGCCAUAUUUUGAAUUGCAACAUUAUGCUAAGUAUAACUUUGCAAGUCAUGAUAUUGCCUAACUGCUUGUCAUAAUUGUCAGGGCUGAAUAGUUGUAAGAGUGACUUUUCUUUGAAUCAGUGUUUUUCCUUUUGCACGCAUUAUGAAAUGUUAAACAAAUUACUUUUCACCAGCAUCUUUACUAUAAUUACCAAAAACAUGUAUAUAAAAGAAUGAAAUUGAAAAAUAAAAUAUAUAAACAUAAAUAAAUUAGGUAGUGUAUUUGAGUGGCAUCAGUCUCACACAUCUUGGUGCCCCCGUGUUUACAAGAGCCAGAUGGUAUCAGAGGCGUAUGCAGUUGUAUGCAGUUAUGGUUGGGGGGAUGUUUGUGAGGGUGUUGAAUUUAUCAUUUAUGAGAUGAUCUUGAGCUUCUAAUUGUCAUUGAUGAAAUUGUAGUGCUUUACAGAGACUGAGAGCUCAUUCUGUCAACAGAAACACUAAUCUGUAAAGAGCCCUGUCUCAGGUCAUGCAUUGUCCUCCAAACCCAAAGGUUUUUUUCAGGGUUGGCUGAAGAGCAAGUGUCGUGGUUUUACUGAAAAGGCAAGGUGUGAAGGAGCAACUUCAUUUGAGACAAAAUCUGAAAUUCUCACAGAUCAGGGAGGUGAUUUCCCAAAGUAAUUAGCCAAGAACCUCCAUCUUGGAAGGAUUCCUUUUUCUGUAGAAUACUUUGCCUCGAUAUAUAAGCAUACAGAUGCACUUUAAAUGAAAACCCUUGAUUAUAAAUUGAUAGCUGGUAGUGUUUCUUUUGCAAGAAUGCAUUUCUAAGGCAAAAGGUAAAUUAUUUUGUCCGUCUUUUGAUGUACUUUCUGAUUCCAGGGUUGGAUAUUUAUUCAAGGACUAUUUUAAAAAUAGAAAGUAAGUUUGUAGCAUGCUGUCUGAAUUCUGGCGGAAGUUCCACCUCUUCUUUAGUUGCUUUCGUUUUUUAUGAUGUAGGACUUCCUUUGAUGUCCCCGUUGGAAGUCCAUUAGCAGUCCUUUGCAUUUGUCAAUUCAAGGUAAAACAGGGUCAGUGACAUCUACAGUGUCCCAGUCAUUUAUUUGCAUGAAUCUGCUUAAAUAAGUUUUUUGUUGUUUUUUUCUUUUUUAUGUUUUGUUCAGAAUUUGUACAUUCAAGUUGUACUUGUUAUAUCUGAUAUGAAUGAAAUAAAAUCUUAAUU